AUGGAGGAGAGGUACAUAAAAAUGCUAGAGGAUGGAAAGAGAAAACAAGAUAUUGCUUUGUCACUUACGAAAUAUCAAAUAAACUACAAGAUAGGAAGAGCAAGCAUACUGUCUGCCCGGGAGGAGGGGAACCGAAUCCUCAGCGUUACCAUUUUGAAGGGUUGUCCAUUUUCGAUACUUCAUAUGGAGAAAACAAUCUGCGAUUAG